AGUUUCAUACAAAAGCCUUCACAACGGAACUGAUGGGUUCUCAACUACAAACUUGAUAGGGUCUGGAAAUUUUAGCUCUGUCUACAAAGGAAUUCUUGAUUUAGAAGACAAAGUUGUUGCCAUAAAGGUUCUAAACCUUGCAAGAAAAGGAGCUCACAAGAGUUUCAUUGCCGAAUGCAAUGCACUUAAAAAUAUUAGACAUCGAAAUCUAGUACAAAUUUUAACAUGUUGUUCCGGCACAGAUUAUAAAGGUCAAGAAUUCAAAGCUCUAAUUUUUGAGUACCUGAAAAAUGGAAGCUUAGAACAAUGGCUACAUCCUGAGACACUAACUGCAAGGCAUAUGAGAACAUUGAACCUUGAUCAAAGAUUAAAUAUCAUGAUUGAUGUUGCUUCUGCAUUACAUUAUCUUCAUAAUGAAUGUGAGCAAUCGAUCAUUCAUUGUGAUUUAAAACCGAGCAAUGUUCUUCUUGAUGAUGACAUGGUUGCUCAUGUGAGUGAUUUUGGCAUAGCAAGACUUCUCUCAACCAUUAAAACUACUCCUUCUAAGCAAGCAAGUACAAUCGGAAUAAAGGGGACAAUUGGCUAUUCUCCUCCAGAGUACGGAUUGGGUUCUGAGGUGUCCACGAAUGGUGACAUGUAUAGCUUUGGGAUUCUUGUGUUGGAAAUACUUACCGGAAGACGACCCACAGAUGAAAUCUUUGAAGAUGGUCAAAAUUUGCAUAACUUUGUGAAAAAUUCAUUUCCUGAUAAUCUAUUGCAGAUUUUGGACCCAUCACUUGUACUAAAACAUGAAGAAGCAACAGUAGAAGAAAACAAUCAGAAUCUUACCCCAACAGUUGAAAAAGGCUUAGUUUCGCUCUUUAAGAUUGGACUUGCUUGUUCUGUAGAAUCACCAAAAGAAAGAAUGAGUAUGGUGGAUGUCACUAGAGAGCUAAGCAAAAUAAGAAAACACUUUCUUGCUGGGGUUCACACUUGAAUAAUCAAAGCUGAGAUCAAACGUUACGACUAUUUCAGAACCAGAGAAGCACACCAACUGCACAAAGUUUAUUUCAAUUGGUAUUCGCCCAGGAGGUGGAUUUAUAUCUGUAACACAAAUGUAUAAUGAUAUUUAAAACCAUUUGAUUGAUCUUCCUCUUGAUAAGGCCUUCUAUCUUAUGUUUGUUUUCAGAAGUGAUGUAGCACGAGACUGCUAAUUUCUAUUUUGUUAUGAGAUAAUUUGUCACAGAUCAUUUGUUUCCUAAUUUCCUAAAAUUAUUCUGUU